UGCCACAUUGUCCCCGUCUUCUCCGCCAGCCCUUCCGACCGUUGAAUACUCCAAAAUGAUCCCCGCCGCCGUUUUCGUCGUCUGUCUCGGCUUGGUCGCCGCCGUUCCUCACAGGGUUGCCAGGCAGGCAGAUUGUCCAGAUGCCUUCAUGAAUGUUCCCAACCCCUGCAACUCCAAUCCGGACCAAUCAAUUUAUUUUCCUCACCCAACCGACAACACUAAAUUCAUCCAGUGCGACCUUUUUGGGCGGAUGUUCAUCGUGCAGUGCCCGGCUGGAGAGACCUACGUAUCUGCUAGCACUUCCUGUGUCGAUCUCUCAAAACCCAUGCCAGCUGCCCCUUCCACGGCUGCUCCCGUCGUGGUCGUGACCGCCACUUCCGGCCCAGCCGUGGUUGGCUCCAACCCCUGCACUAAGAUCAACAUCGAGGCGGGCAACAUUUAUUUCUCUGUCGCUAAUGAUAUUACCCAAUUCAUCGAAUGUGAUUUGCUUGGUCAUCCUACCAUCCUAGACUGUCCAUCUGGUCUUGUAUGGCAAGAGUCUCGUCUGUCAUGUGUUUUCCAGAUUGGAACCGUUCUCCCCGGAAGUGGCAGUACUGGAGCCGGAAACGGCAAUACUGGAACUGGAAGCGGCAGUUCUGGAACCGGAAGUGGAAGUGGAAGCGGAAACACCAUGACGAACCCAUGCACAGUAGAGUCACUUUCGGCUGGCCAGCUUUUCUUCUCCUAUGCCAAUGACUCCAAUAAGUUCCUGCAGUGUGAUCUGUGGGGAGAUGUGUUCGUCAAUAUCUGCCCAACCGGUCUGAAGUGGAACGACUCAGCCAAGACAUGCGCUUCCGGUUUCAUCAACACCGUGCCAAGUGGCAAUUAAACUGAUUAAAAGACUUUAUUAUGUAUAACAUCGUUUGGAUCAGAUGUAUCGUCUAUCAAGAUAUUGUCAGUAUUUUGUUAACACCAGAUUGGGUUUUAUUAUCACAAAUCUGAUGAGAGAACAGCCAUUAGGCCGCGACGCGUUCACCACGAACUAUGAUAACAUGUCCUAUGACUUUUGGAACAAGAAUAAUCAAGGACAUCGCCAAGAUGUCUCGCUGACUUUAUAUGUCUUCAUCAAUCACCAUUGUAUUAAUUUCGCGACAGACAACGUUUUUAUUUAAACAGUUCUAAGUUUGUCAUCAUGGUGAUAUUUAUUUACGGUAUUAAUGAGGUAGUAAACAGCAUGCACGGGCAGGAAAGAUACACGUGCAUGCCGUGUAGAAAGUUUAUAAUAAAGACAAAGAAACACGC